CAGCCGGGGGUGGGGGUGGUGUGGGCGGGGCCUGAGGGCGUCGGGGCGGAGAAAGGGGCUGAGCAAACUCGGGAAGGAGGGUUGGCCACGCAGGCGCGGGGGCAGCGCCGAGAACCCCACGCGGGAGCUUCUAGUCUCCAACCACCGCUCCUCACUUCACGGGAGAAGGGGCUGGGACUGGCCGAGAGCUAAUAAAGAGUGAAUGAGCUGCAGCCGCUGUGGCGGCCGGAGUCAGCCCGAGCGGCACCCGAUCCUUGCGCUCGGGAGGCGGCGAGGGGAGGCGGGUCGUCUCGUCCCUCCCACCCGCCCCUCUUUCUCUCUCUUCCUCCAGCUGGUGGUCCCAGAGCCCGGCUCGGACCGGUCCUUCGGCCCCCAUCCCGCACUCUUCCGCCUCCUCCGCGUCCCCACUCCUCACCUAGGGCGCCCCGAAUGGCCAUGGGUUAGGGCGGGGGCCUCGGGCAGCGGGGAAGACCAGCCCGGUGCCUCCGCCGGAGGGCGCGUAGCCCGAACGCCGCUCGGGCGCCGGGCAUGGGGAGCGCGGUGUGAGCCCGCACCCCGGGAGGACGCCGGAGCCGCGGCGACGGGCCGAGGUGGAGGAAGAGCGCGUGGAUUGGGAGGACCCAAGGGAGGAAGGGAGGGAGAGAAGGGAGGGUGGGGAAGCGAGGGAAAAGUGAAGCUGGGAGGAGAAGGCGGAGGAAGGUGGGGAUUGAUGCUUCUGUUUUUUGUUGCCGCUGCUGCCCUCGCGCUGGGAGCCGAGCCGGAGGGAAGGCGGUGGAGAGAUGAUUGCAGAGUUGGUGAGCAGCGCUCUGGGGCUCGCCUUGUAUCUCAACACCCUAAGCGCGGAUUUCUGCUAUGAUGACAGCCGUGCUAUCAAGACUAAUCAGGACCUUCUCCCAGAAACGCCAUGGACGCACAUUUUCUACAAUGAUUUCUGGGGGACUCUUCUAACCCACAGUGGCAGCCACAAGUCCUACCGGCCACUCUGCACGCUUUCUUUUCGCCUGAACCAUGCCAUCGGAGGGCUGAAUCCCUGGAGCUACCAUCUUGUCAAUAUCCUACUGCAUGCGGCAGUCACUGGUCUCUUCACGAGCUUCUCCAAGAUACUCCUUGGGGACGGAUACUGGACCUUCAUGGCGGGCUUGAUGUUCGCCUCUCACCCCAUCCACACGGAGGCCGUGGCAGGAAUCGUGGGUCGGGCCGAUGUCGGGGCCAGUCUCUUCUUUCUCCUCUCCUUGCUCUGCUACAUUAAACACUGCUCUACCAGAGGCUACUCAGCCAGGACGUGGGGCUGGUUCCUGGGGACAGGGCUGUGUGCGGGAUGCAGCAUGCUGUGGAAGGAACAAGGAGUGACUGUUCUGGCAGUCUCAGCAGUUUACGAUGUCUUCGUCUUUCACAGGCUGAAAAUGAAACAGAUCCUACCUACCAUUUACAAAGGGAAGAAUUUGUCUCUUUUCCUCAGCAUUAGUUUGUUAACUCUCUGGGGGACUUCCCUUUUGGGUGCCCGUUUAUACUGGAUGGGAAACAAACCACCAAGCUUUUCCAACUCGGACAACCCAGCUGCUGAUUCUGAUAGUCUCCUGGCUCGCACACUCACCUUCUUCUACUUGCCAACCAAGAACCUCUGGCUGUUACUCUGCCCUGAUACCCUCAGUUUUGAUUGGUCAAUGGAUGCCGUGCCUCUGCUCAAAACAGUUUGUGAUUGGAGAAACCUACACACUGUGGCCUUCUAUAGUGGACUCCUCCUCCUUGCCUACUGUGGUUUAAAGAGCCCAAGCCUGGAAAGAGAAUACUAUGGGAAAUUUGUAACAAAUGGCAAGCAGAAUGCAAAUGGACAUAGCUGCCAUUCAGAUGUGGAGUACCGGAACUCAGAGAUUAAGCCCAGCUUUGCAUCCAAAGUAGAAAAUGGCAUUAAAAAUAACGUACCACAGACAGCACCACUUCCUUCUACAGAGAACGUUGUUGUACUGUCUUUAUCUUUGUUAAUCAUACCCUUUGUUCCUGCCACGAACCUGUUUUUCUAUGUCGGCUUUGUAAUUGCAGAGCGAGUAUUGUAUAUUCCUAGCAUGGGCUUCUGCCUCCUCAUUACAGUGGGUGCCAGAGCCCUGUAUGUCAGAGUCCAGAAGCGGUUUCUCAAGAGCUUGAUUUUUUAUGCUACAGCUACAUUAAUUGUUUUCUAUGGACUCAAGACUGCAAUCAGGAAUGGAGACUGGCAGAAUGAGGAAAUGCUGUAUAGGUCAGGGAUAAAAGUAAACCCAGCUAAAGCAUGGGGUAACCUUGGAAAUGUUCUGAAGAGUCAGAGCAAAAUUUCCGAAGCUGAAAGCGCCUAUAGGAAUGCUUUGUACUACCGUAGCAACAUGGCUGACAUGCUUUAUAAUUUAGGGUUACUCCUGCAGGAGAACAGCAGGUUUGCAGAAGCGCUACAUUAUUAUAAACUGGCGAUCGGGAGCAGGCCUACACUGGCUUCUGCAUAUUUAAACACCGGUAUUAUUCUGAUGAACCAAGGAAAGACCGAAGAAGCCCGACGUACAUUCCUAAAGUGUUCUGAGAUCCCUGAUGAAAACCUGAAGGACCCUCACGCGCAUAAGAGCUCGGUGACCAGCUGUCUGUACAACCUGGGAAAACUCUACCACGAGCAGGGACGCUAUGAGGAAGCCCUUAGUGUAUAUAAAGAAGCAAUUCAGAAAAUGCCAAGGCAGUUUGCUCCACAGAGCUUGUACAACAUGAUGGGUGAAGCGUACAUGCGGUUAAGCAAACUCCCGGAGGCAGAGCAUUGGUAUAUGGAAUCACUGAGAUCCAAGACUGACCACAUUCCUGCUCAUCUCACCUAUGGGAAACUCCUAGCUCUAACGGGUCGUAAGAGUGAGGCUGAAAAGUUCUUCUUGAAGGCUAUUGAGCUGGAUCCCACCAAAGGAAACUGUUACAUGCAUUAUGGUCAGUUUCUUCUGGAAGAAGCUCGCCUGUUAGAAGCAGCCGAGAUGGCAAAAAAAGCAGCAGAACUGGACAGCACAGAGUUUGAUGUGGUCUUCAAUGCUGCCCACAUGCUCAGACAGGCCAGCCUCAAUGAAGCAGCCGAGAAGUAUUAUGAUCUGGCAGCAAGGCUGAGGCCCAAUUAUCCGGCUGCGCUGAUGAACCUGGGAGCCAUCCUGCACCUGAACGGCCGGCUGCACAAGGCCGAGGCCAACUACCUGCGGGCGCUGCAGCUCAAGCCGGACGACGUCAUCACGCAGUCCAAUCUCCGCAAACUCUGGAACAUCAUGGAAAAGCAAGGCUUAAAGACUUCCAAGACCUGACACAGGCAGCGUCUCUUCCUCCUCCACAUUCUCCAGCUGGCUUCCUUAACCAACAGGACUUCCCAGCGGGGCUAGGACAAGAGCUGGUUUGGACUUCAAGGCCAGGGCAGAGGUCACCGAGGUCACUGCCUCUUCUGGGAAUAUCCACUUAGCUGUUGGCACAGCCUUUAACACCAAAAACGGGGGUGGGGGGGGGGUGGGGGGGGAGAUUUGGAAACCUCCUGAAGGAUGUAAUUGUUACCCAUAGAACUAAACCAGAGCACUUAACAAAGGAUCUCUUGGCCUUCUGAAAGAGGGACGGCGUCUAACUUCCAAAAUGUGUGCAUUUUUGAAAGCUAAUUGAGAAAUUAUAUUGUUUCCUAAACACUGUGAGAGGAAGCCAGAGUGUCCAUUCAGCCACGGUAAACUAUGAAGGUCAGUGUGCAUAAGAGAGAUUAACCGUAGUGUGAGCCCAGGGAGCCGGCAGUCAUCCUGAUGUGCUGCCUUCCCUCUCUGGGACAGCCUGCUCACCAAAAGUCUGCAACUUAGAAAACGCCUUUUUUUUUUUUUAAUACGAUGUCAGGACCUGUGAGAGUCUACACUUGUUUCCUGACUAGUGCACAUGCCGCAUUAUGAUUUGGAUGUCAGUCUUCACUUUCUUGGGAAUCAUUUGCUUUUCAUGAUCUGAAAAGGAUAUGCAGCGUAGCGAAAACCCCAUUUCACACUGGUAUUGUAGGAGGGGCCAGGGAGGCCUCAUACUUGUCAGGCAGGCAUUUUUUACUUUAAAGUCGCCAAUAUUUAUCCCCCCCCCACACACACACACAAAAAUGAAAGAAAGAAAGAAAGAAAGAAAGAAAGAAAGAAAGAAAGAAAGAAAGAAAGAAAGAAAGAAAGAAAGAAAGAAAGAACUGCCUAGGAGAAUUCAUUGUGUUAAUUCUUAGGCUUUUGAAAUUGCCUUUUUAAAUGGCUAUUCCUGGUUAAUGCACAUGCUUAUAUAAGGAUUAUAACAAAAGGAAGCUUAAAGGUGUUCUAGCUCCAAUAACUAACCAGCAGCCAUUAGACAUAAGGGAAGGUGCUUUGUGCUUUCCAGAUGUUACUGGUUAAAAAAACAAGUCUGCUCGAAGGAGCGUAUAAUGAUGGUUACCAAUGACUUUAUAUUUGGGAAAUGUUAUUAUGAAAUGCUAAUAUCUUUCUAAUAGGUACCAGAACAGUAAUGCUGAUACGGUUUUAAGGAAUUGUUUUUAUCAUAUUUUUCAUAUUUUGCUCUUCCCCCC